AUGUACAGGCAAUUUGCUUUAAUAGAUAACCCUGGGGUUCAAGAUCUCCCGGACGGAGUCUUUCUAGAUCUCUCUUUCCAGGAAAUAUGGGUCAACUACACAGCCUUAAGAAGUAUCCAUCAGUCUGCUCUCCUCCCGUCUAAGGACACUCUGGAGACAGUGAUGAUCCUAUUCAGUCGCGUGGAGGAUUUUCCUUUCCACAUUCUUCCAUUGUUCUCCCGUCUCAGGCUACUCUCGAUCUGGAAUAGUUCUCUGACAUCAGUUCCAGCACUUCAGAGCCAGAGCCUUGCAACACUUAACAUUCCAUACAACAGCAUCACAAGAAUAGAGGAAUAUGGAUGGGCGACUCCGAACCUGAAGGAAUUAGACCUCAGUUACAAUCCCCGGAUUACAUUUCCCACCGAAAUGAUCAAGAGCUUGGAGAAACUGGAAAAAUUUUCGUGUUCAGGUUGCAAUCUAGGACCCACUCUCACAAGCGGUCUGAUGCAGUUCCGUAGUAGGGUGUUGAGACAAGUGUCGCUAUUGGAAAACAACAUUCAAAAGCUGGAGCACGGAGCCAUCACAGUGAACCCAAUCCAGUGUGAUUGCUAUGUGGCUUGGCUGGCAUUCUCACCAGAAUUGUUGAAAAAGGUUAAAGGGACAUGUGACUACGAGGGAGAUUUGAAAAAUCUCAGUCAGAAGAAACCUUUAAAAAGUAACAACAGCCACAACAAGAGCAGUAGAACAAUUCACAACGAGAAGCACGACAAGACCAACAACAAGACCAACAACAAGACCAACAACAAGACCAACAACAAGACCAACAACAAAACCAACAACAAGACCAACAACAAGACCGACAACAAGAACAACAAGAGCAACGGCAAGAACAACAACAAGAACAACGGCAAGAACAACAAAGAGAGCAACGACGAUAAAACCGGCGAGUAUAGCAACGGAUUGAGGGAGUUCACCGAACUUUACCUAUGUCCUGGCACUCAACGUUGUUGCGUCUCGAAGACAGACAUCCAGAAGAGGCAGCAGGAAGUGGAUUCAAACAAAGUACGGGAGUUCAUCGAUAGACUCAUCAUUGUGGAGAAUAAGUUGGUUCAAGGUGACCGCAGGUUGAUGGAGUAUAACUGUGAGGCUCGUUGGGGCGGAGGAGGCACUGUGGAGACUUCACAGACUCCCACAACCUGA